CGCAGCUCUGGGCGGAGUGGUCGUCGGAGGCCCUGCCUGAAGGAGCGCUGCCUGAAGGAGCGCUGCCACGUGCUCGCGUCCACGCCGGGGGACCCCGACCUCGGCGGCGACGCAGAGCUGGGGGCGCGGCUCCACUUGGUCGCACCCGUGCUAGAGGCUGGCGUUGCUGGCCGUGGUGUUCCUGCUGUGGCUGCGGCGCGCAGGAGCAGGGCCUCGCACAGCUUCGGCAUCCGUGCGAACUCCCUGAAGUAUGCCACGCUCAAGGUUUCGAGCUACACUCUAGGC